AAUAACAAUCGUUGGUUAAAAAUGUAUAUGUAUUAUUGUUUAUGGCUCUGAAACGUCAAUAAUAUUUUAACCUCUCUCUCUAAUCGAGGUUUUGGAUUUGCGCUGAGCGUUUUGUAUUUUUUCACUCAUUUCUGCAUUUAUGAGAAAAACUAUAAAAUAAAGUUAAUCAAUAACAAUAGUUUUCAGAGAGAAUAACGAAAAACAAUUUUGAAAUAGUAUUCUUUUCAAAUCUUCAUUUUUCUAUUGACUAUAAUCUACCAUCAAUAGGUGUUGACAUUAGGUUUAUUUAACUUAAAUAAAACUAGUUAUUAGUCUAAGAGAGUUUGUUAACUUAUUUAUAAAUUAUGACGGCGCUCUCGUCUGAAUCAGUGGCAGUAGUCGCGUCCAAAUCCGAGCUCCAGCCGACGGCGACUGCCAAUGGCGGAGGCGUGGCAUCGAACGCCGGAACAAAUUCAGCAACUUCCGCCGCCGGCGCCGCAGAAGAUUAUGCGCAGUUGCCCAUUAUGACCGAUGCGGAGUUCAAGAAAAUGAAACAGAAGGUGCAGAAUACUAGAAUAGCUCUCUCCAAGCAGGGGGCCAGAUUCGAACUCCCAAUCGACAUGAAGUCACUCGAAACCCAUUCGGCCGCGGAGUAUCUGGUGGAGAGGUGUCACGUGACCAAGCGCAGGGAGCAUCUGUACAAGAAGCACUUCCAGAACUACGACAAGGACAAAGACCAAAAACUCAACUUGAAGGAGCUUGAGAAAGCGAUGAAGGAUGUGUUCGUAGACACAAUAGACAGUGAGACGGUUGAGAUUGUGACCAUUCUAGCUGGUGUGAACAAGAACAGUACUAGCUCGGCAGCCGGUGAACUAGUUCCAUUCAACCUUUUCUCAGCCAUGUGUGCACUAAGCGAGAGAUUAAUGCACCAAAAAUACAGCACCGGAGAAGCGAGUCUGGACCCCCUCUAUAGCCAAAAGGACAAACUGGAAGACGCCGACUUCUCGUCCCUCGCCUGGAAACUCCACGGACUCAACAUCAAACCAGAACUAGCUACUCUAAUGUACGUCAUACUCGACCCAGACGUCUAUCUACCCAAGAAUAUUCUAGAACAAAACAGAGCAUCAAAUGCUAAUAAUAACAACAACAAUAAUAGUUAUGUCAAUAAUGAAGUGGAUGGAGGUGUACCUGGUCAGAAUGCUCCGAAUGUUCCGACUAUUACCGAGGAAGACGCGGAUAGCGCGACGGCUGGGAAGGCACCGUCAACCGCGGAGGAAACAGCGGGAACACCCCCCAAAUCCCAGGAGACAACUAAAUAGAUCUCACAAGAAGUCCACUGAAAAAAAAACAAUAAUCAAAUAAACAAUAAUCAAUCAAGUCAGUUUAGU